AUGACUACUACUGUCCGUAUCAUAGUCCUCGUCCUUGCUAUUCCAACUACCCUGGUUUGCGGUCUCCGGCUCUACCUACGAAAAACGGUUCUAAACUCAUGGGGACUGGAUGACUGGAUGGUAAUGGUCGCUCUUAUCAUGGUGAACGGAUUUUCGGCGCUUGCAUAUACCAUCACCUACUAUGGUCUCGGAAAAAAGACCAAGGAUGUUUCAGAUGCGGACCUGCUGGUUUGGUGGAAGAUCUACUAUGCUGCGCUCUGCAGCUAUUUGCUUGUUGCUGCAUCGGUCAAGACAAGUUUAACUGUCUUUAUAAUGCGGCUUUUUCCCACCCGCAGCAUUAGCAUCGCUGGCAGAUGCAUAUUGGGAUUCCUAGCGGCCUUCACACUCGCAGGAACUUCGGCUCUCGCAUUCCAAUGUCGACCCGUUCGCGCUGGAUUCGACAAAACCAUCCUUGAUGCUAAAUGCUACAGUGUUGACACUUCCUUUGCCAUCCUCAUGGCGCAGGGCGUUAUCAUGUUUGUGAUGGAUCUGACCAUCCUCGUACUACCGAUCCGUCGCGUGUGGCAGCUUCAGAUGCCACUUGGACGAAGGGUCUUGGUACUUGGACUGUUUUGUCUUGGAUUCACAGCGUGCAUCGCCGCACUGGUUCGCUUCAGCACUUUGACCUAUGCCAGGGACGAAACAGACUACACCUACACGGCGGCUAAUUCACUCAUCUGGAUGGAACUCGAGUUCAACCUUGGUCUCAUGUCCGGCUCCCUUUCGUCCCUGCGCAAACUCAUUAAGCUUCGAUCGCCUUUCGGGUCGCGCCAAACCUCUUCUUUCACCGGAAGUCGGCCCAACAACGCCGAAUUAGGGAGAUAUAAGGGCUGGGGUAGGGGUAUAAGCAAGAAAACGGAGAUCAACAGGGUUUUUGAGAUCGUAGACAGCAGCCAGGAGCACAUCGCCCCGAUUUACGGUCAGGGUGAAUUAUGCACCACCACUAAUGCGUUCUCCAAUCGGAAGCUUAGCCGUUAG